CAGACCGCAGCCCAGGCGUGGAACAAGGCGCAAAAUUUAAUCGUGCUUGCCGCGUCUUGGGUCGCCGUUUCUCCUCCUCCACCGAACCCAGUAAACCAUCUUCGCCGGCCGUCGAUCAUAGCAUCGCGUCGCGUCUCGAUAUUAACUCUUUAGUUUUCCUCUUCGACCCGCCGUCGCUAUCAUCCGAGACCCUCACCGCGAAGGCCGACCCGAGCACUCGGGCACAUUUCAUUCCUUGUUUCGGGCUACCGUCAGUGCGGCACCAGGCACGAUGGACUCGAGGCAGCCGCCACAACACCCUUUCUCGAGGAACGGGGCUUCCCCGUUUAGCCGACCAUCAUUCCAGCCAGCACCUGCCGCGGCAGCAUCGCAACCGCCCUACCCGCCCUCGGCAUCACAUCCGCCUGCCACCGCGGGUCCUUAUCCCGAGGUGCACGCGCGCAAGCCAUCCGAACCUCAGUCCUACUACCCACCGUCUCGACAAUAUCCCCCCGAACACGGGCCAGGCCCGAUGCCUCCUUCGGCACAUUCUCGACAUCACAGCACGUCCUCGAUAACCUCCGGGCCUACCAUGACUCGCGGCAUGCCACCCCCGAAUUCACCGCCCCAGCAACAACAGCAGGGGCAGGGCCCGAAUAACCAUCAGAUGGGCGGACCGUACGGCCUCCCGCAGCCCCGUCCGCCGCCGCUCUCCGUCGGCCCCUCGAACGCAUUUCCACGCGGGCGCGAGCUCCCCGCCCUCGAGUCGCUGCCGAGAGCUGCCAGCUCCGGGAGCAGCAUGUCGAUAUCGUCCAUGCUGGGUGGUCCGCCGCCCGCGCGAGAGUCGGCUGCUCCUCCCCAAUAUGCCCAGGGGCCACCCUCGGGCGCGCCUGGUCCUCCUGGCCCGCCCUACAACCAAGCCAUGCACGCAUCCCCUCGGCCGCAACCAACGACGGGAUCCGAGUACAAUGCCUUCCGACGGCCUCAGACUCCCGAGCACCAUCGCAUGUACGAAAACCGCGAUCCUAGAGCGGCCUCAGCCGCCUCGCCUCCCGCAUACCACUCGACCCCGGAAGUACAACGGUAUGGCACGCCGCAGGCUUAUGCCCAGAGAGGACCUCCCAUGCCCUCGGUCGAACAAGCAAGGGAGUCGGGACGGUUGUCUGGCGGUGCCGGGGGUCCCAGACCGAUGAGCCCGCCGAGGCAGUACGCAAAUGCCGGCCCGCAACGGUCGGUCGAAACGGGCAGGCCCCCGGAGAUGUACGGACACAGGGAAGAACUGCGGGCCUCGGAGGAAUACAAUCCUGAGCGUCCCAUUCGGGUGAUGAAAUACGAGGACCAGAGAUACAUAUCGGAGCGGGAGCGACAGGAACGGGAACGUCAAGAGCGGGAGAUGGAGCUUCGCGAGAGGGAACUGCGUGAAAGGGAGCGGCGGGACAUGGCCAUGGCCGGAGUGGAACCAUCCCGAGCCCAGGGAGGCCAUCCACACGAGUACCCACGGCAAAUGGAACAGCGCCCACAGCAGUACGGCCGCCCCCCGGACCCGAGGGACUGGACAAGGCCCGGAUAUGAGCAGGCACGAGCUCCGUAUGAUCCCGCCAUGCACCCGCCGAGACAGCAAGAGUAUCCACCAAAUACGGCACCUCACUACAACGGGCCUCAUCCGUAUGGCCCUAGCCCAGCCGACCGCCACCAUCCGGGACCGCACCCGCACCACCAGCAUGGCCUUCCUCAGCAGGCCCCGGCUCACCCGCAGCCGUAUGAGUCGCCGGACCGACAACGCAUGAGUGGGAUGCACAUGGAUAGAGUCCACCCACAGCAACCCCCACCGCGCACCCGGGAGGAGGUCCCCCCUCCUUCCGUUGCCUAUGGCGUCGUGGGUCCUUCGAUGUACGAGUCAUCGCGGAAUCGGAGUUUGGAGGAGAUCGGUGCCCCUCACCAGCGAAACCUGCUUGCAAUUCAGGAAAUCAACCGCAAGGGGCGGAUUUCUCCGCUCCCGCAAGCCGUACAGGGAGCCCAACCGCAGCUCGCCGGCCCCGCUGGCGAACCCGGCAUCAAGAGCGAGUUUGGUCGCAUGUUCUCCGGCAUAGGAACCGGAGUUGGUACCAUCUCAAGUCCUGUGCCCGCAGGCGCUCAGCUGGCCUACGGCGGUGGUGGUCCGCUUCGUCGCGACGACGUGGAUGCGCCACCAGAGCCGCCAGUAGAGGCUGCCAAGACGACAGGGCGUGGUAAGCGGAGGAAGCUCAAGGAGGAGGAGGAAGAAGGGAACAACGGUCGGCUGACGCCCGUCGGAGGGCGGGCAAAGAAGGCCAAGGGGCAUCAUCAUCACCAUCAUCAUCACCAUCACCAUCAUCACAAUGCAGAGCAGGUGUCAUCCCCGGCGCUGACAGGCAAUACGCCUUUCAGGAACAUUAAAGGCUCCACACCAGUGCCCUCCCCGACAGGUCUGGCCAAGGAUCUACCAGCUGGCCACCACCAUCACCACCAUCACCACGCCGCCCCUCGUUCCCAGCCCAGCGCCAGGCCCGCCCCACCUCCUCGAAGCCCGUCUCCCGUCAUCCUUCCGAAACCAAAGCAAAUCACCUCAUCGAAGGCUGUUCUAGACGAAGUCGCGGACCGGCCCCGGACCCACCUCGGUGACGUUCUCUACGAGCCGACCCUAAAGCGAGCGCGGCUGCAGGAUCCGCGCACCGCACGGCCGCCUCGCUACGGUUACAAGUCGACUCCAAAACCGUUGCCAUGGGACCUCAUCGAGGGCAAGGAGAACUGCACGCUGACCAUGAAGAUCGGCAAGGAGCAUUUGAUCCCGGCUGCGCGGGAAGAGAUCACAUUGAGGCGUGCACUCUGGGGCACGGAUGUCUACACGGACGACUCUGAUGUGGUUGCCGCAUGCAUCCACGCUGGCUGGAUCAGGGGCGAGUGGCCCGAGGACGUGGAUGUGAGCCUGCUGGGACUCGACGAAGGGUAUAGCGUAUCCGACGUGCGGGGCCUGCUGAAGGGCCACGCCAACGGCUCCAGGGCCGCGAAACUGCCGCCCCAGGACCCCACCUCCCCCUUGACCGUCUUGACCGAACCGCCCGCGAACGGACCCAUGCCGGUCCCGGAUAACCGCGACCUCCACGUAACUCUGCUCAUCCUCCCCCGCCUGCAAAAGUAUGCCUCCACCACCCGCUUCGGCAUCAGGUCGCGCGAGUUCGGCGGUCCCGUCGGCGACGAGGACGCCCACCAGCGCGCCAUCCACGACGGCAUCAGCUUCAUGGUCAUGGGCCUGCGGUGGGUGACCAACGGCGGCGCGACGCAGAACCGGCUGCGGGGCAAGGCCAGGCGCGAGCGGAUCCGCAAAGCCCUGGCCGAGGUGGAGAUGACGCCCGCGUGGAUCGCGCGGCCGGUCGCGAAUGGCACGGGCGCUGCCGAGAACGGCACGCCGCCGGAGAAGGAGGCGGGGCUGGGCUGGUGGACGCAGAGCUCGAGCAAGGCGCCGAGUGAGGGGGAUAAGGAGAAUUUGAAUCGGUUGGCGGCGGCGGAGUCGCGCCCGCGAGAGGGUGUGGAGGGGGGUGCGCGGGAGGAGGAGGCUCGGGGGGUUGACGCUGAGGAGGAGAAUGUGCCGGGUGAGGUGGGGCCGGAUACCGAGGCUUCCGAUGGGGGUAAAGUCCACACACCGGAACCAACUCCCGUUGUUAAGGACGCCGAUACCCCCGCUCCCGAGGAGGAGCGGCCCGAGGAAACGCCCAGCAACCAAGACGUUGUGGAGAAGGCCGUGGCAGUCAAGGAAACACCCACCAAGAACGGCGAGGUGGUCGAGAAUGGGGAGACCGGGCAGGAUUCGGAGACAGCUGGACCGGAACCGGAGAAGGCCACAGAUGCCUAGGAAGAGUGGUGACGCAGGGUUGCUUGGGCUCGUUCAGUUCAGUGUCCUGAGGCGAUACCUUUUGCUUGCCUUGUGGAAUGAAUGGAUCGGUGUAUUUGUCUUGCUUGAUACCUUCGGUGGCUGGUUUGUUUGCUUGUUUGGUGGCUGGGGGGACUGGCUGUGAUAAGCGUUGUCAAGAGUGUGGAUCAGCGAUUCAGUAACCCUAGCUUGCAGUGUUAGGUGAUAGCUAUCAGUUUACAUUAUGCUUCCAUCUGGAG